AAAAUUCUAAAAGGAGGCCCCCGCCUGCAGAAAGGUGAGAGUACCACAGAACAGCAGCAACGAUGGCCAUGAAGGAGCUCAGCUUUGGGCAGCGGAACGCGCUGGUGCUGCUGACAGCCGCGCUGGCCAUAUCCUUGGUACCGCCGGUGGUGCAGUCGCGCCAGGAGUACUACUACAUGUACCAGGACCUGUACGACGACGACCUGUCGCUCUGGAUCAACGAGCAGCAGGUGAAGAUCUUCAGCGGCGUCGCGAUGAAGAUCUACGCCAUCGACAAUGGGCGUGUAUCGCCGCACAUCCGUGAUCCCAACUUCAGCCAGUACCUGCCGGUGAUCCCCUCCGAGGUGAGCUGCGUCAACUUCACGUGGAAGGCGGGCUCGAAGAAGUACUACUACAACUUCGACCGGCUGAUGUCGGUGGACGAGAACAUUCUGAAGCCGCCGACGAUCUCGAUCAAAACGUCCGGCCGCGUGCCGAAGAAUGCCAAGGAGUUCAGUGUGAUUCUGCCAUGCUCCGGUAAUGUAUCGGGCAUCGCAAUGUUUAGCAUUGGACUCCUGAUCCAAACGCGGAAAGGCAAACCGGUCCCCGGGACGCCUCUCCGCAUCAAACUGCGUAAGGAAUGUGCACAUAGAGGUGUGUAUGAAAGAACUUCUACUCUAACAUCUUCUUCGCAAGGACCGGAUCCGGAGUGCGACAAAAAGUGCGCCAACAAGGGGGUUUGCAACGAGGACAAGAUCUGCCAGUGCCCGGAGGGGUACAUGGGCCAGUACUGCCAGACGGCCCUCUGCUACCCGCAGUGCAUGAACGGGGGCAACUGCACCGCCCCCGGCACCUGCUCCUGCCCGCUCGGCUACCAGGGGCGCCACUGCGAGGGCGGAAUCUGCGCCGAGAAGUGCCUGAACGGGGGCAAGUGCAUCCAGAAGGACAAGUGCGAGUGCGCCAAGGGCUACUACGGGCUGCGCUGUGAGUUCUCCAAGUGUGUCAUACCGUGCCUGCACGACGGCAAGUGCCGCGGGGUGAACAAGUGCCGCUGCAAGCCGGGCCUGAGCGGGGACCACUGCCAGAUCGGGCGCCGCCAGCGGUCGACCUGCAAGAGACCCUGCAAGCACGGCAUCUGCAAGCCGAACCACACCUGCGAGUGCGACGCCGGCUGGUACGGGCGGCUGUGCAAUCAAAGGGAAAAGAGGCGUCGCAACACGAAGGCCCCCAGCACCCCAGGUGGGACAACGGCCGCCGUCACUGACAGCAGCACCAUCGCCAGUGCGGCACCGAAACAUCCAAAGAAGUAGUAGCAGCAGCCACCGCAACCAUGACGCUCAUCAGCUAUGAGUAGAGCCAGCACAUUCACGUCCCCAGCCACCCCGUUCCUAUUUCCAGCUGGCAAGCGCACACCCAGUAGUCAGUUGGCUGGAAUGGCAAAUGGGUGGAAAGAUAUCGAAGAACAAUUAUUACGCAUAGUAGCAACUAAAAGUGAUAUAAACAAGUGUAACAAUAAAAACGAUAC